AUUUUAUAACUGUGCCCUUCUUUUAUACUCGUGCGCUUCGAUAUAGAAUUUGCCGAUACUACUCUGUAUCGAAUAAUUAACUAAAAAUGGAUCUUCUCCGCUUGGUUCAUCACAGCAACUUGACUCAUAAAGAGAAGAAGACAAGUGCUUUGAAGCCUGAUAUCGAAUAUAUGAUGGGGUCGACUGAAGGUGGAGGUGGUGGCGUAGUGGCUGCCGCCGGUGGAGGCGGUGCCGGGUUGGCCAAUUCGAUGGUGAACAGCGCAUCCGGUGAAGCGCUACAUCAACAGUCGACUGUGAUGACUGCGGCCAGUCUAGCCGGUGCGGCAUCCGCACAGCAACAAGGCCAGACUGCAGUUUGGCCGAAUAAGAAAGAAAAUUAUGUGCUCGAAGAUGCCAUCGGAGUUGGAGCCACUGCUACUGUAUACAAGGCUAUAUGUGUUCCAAGAAAUGAGCGUUGUGCCAUCAAAUGUAUAAAUUUGGAGAAAUGCCAGACAUCGGUAGACGAACUUAGCCAUGAGAUUCAGGCGAUGUCUUUGUGUGCGCAUCCAAAUGUUGUCAGUUAUCACACGUCAUUUGUGGUAGGAGAAGAAUUAUGGGUGGUGAUGCGACUGUUGAACAGCGGAUCUAUGCUCGAUAUUUUGAAAAGAAAAAUAAAGGCGAUUGGUAAGGAACAAGCCAUGAAUGGUGUGUUGGAAGAGGCAACUAUUGCUACAGUACUGCGUGAAGUAUUAAAAGGUCUCGAUUAUUUUCAUUCUAGUGGACAAAUUCAUCGUGAUAUCAAAGCGGGUAAUAUUCUAAUUUCUGACGAUGGAACUGUUCAAAUAGCUGAUUUUGGUGUAUCUGGUUGGUUAGCUGCAUCCGGUGGUGAUCUUUCAAGACAGAAGGUUCGUCACACAUUCGUCGGCACACCUUGCUGGAUGGCACCUGAAGUAAUGGAGCAGGUGCAGGGAUACGAUUUUAAAGCUGAUAUAUGGAGUCUUGGAAUUCUUGCUAUUGAAUUGGCGACUGGUACAGCUCCUUACCAUAAGUUUCCACCUAUGAAGGUGUUGAUGUUGACCCUUCAAAAUGAUCCACCUACUUUGGAAACGAAUGCCGAAAGAAAAGAUCAAUACAAGAACUAUGGAAAAUCAUUCCGUACUUUGAUCAAAGACUGUCUUCAGAAAGAUCCGACAAAACGACCCACUGCAGCGGAACUUUUGAAAUACUCUUUUUUCAAGAAAGCCAAGGAUAAGAAGUAUCUUGUGCAUGCAUUGAUAGAAAAUCUUGCAGCAGUACCAGUAAUAAGUCAUCAUAGUACGAAAAAGGUGGCGUCUGGUAAACUUCGUAAAGACAAAGACGGCAACUGGGAAUUUGAAUAUGAUUCUCCACCCGGCAGCGAAUCUAGUGACGAGGAGGAACAAGCUAAACCUGCACCAGCUGCUAAUGCUGGAGCUGGUGUUGAACCAAGCGCUCCUGGCGAAACCCUAAAUCUUGUUUUACGUGUGAGGAAUCAACAGCGUGAGCUAAAUGACAUCAAAUUUGACUACACACGGACUGCAGACACAGUCGAAGGGAUUGCCCAUGAGUUGGUAACCGCAGAACUGAUUGACUGUCAUGAUCUAGUUAUCGUAGCCGCAAAUCUGCAGAAACUUAUCGACCUUGCCGAAAAGAAAAGCGAGAGACGAUCUGUUACGUUUGCACUCAAUUCCGGUGUUGCUCCUAAUGAGAUACCUGACGAGCGAACGUUAACGGGUUUUGCGCAGAUUUCAUUGAUUGACUGAACACUACACCAUGAUCUACACUUUGCCAUCACUUGACCUAAUGUUUUAGCUAUUUUUAUUAACCAUCUUAAUUCUCGUACACGUUUACCUAAUCUUUUCCGAAUGUUCGCUGACAAUUUUCUUUUCUCUUAAUUUCACUAAAAUAUACUGCUAAUUAUGUGUUGCAGUAGCUUUACGCUCCAUGCCUACGUUAUUCUUUCUAGUUUGUUCAUUCCUUUAGAAUGUUUAAUAUCGUCUGAAGUCCCCCAUUGCUGAAAGUGCUCUUUAUCAACCAAACAUGCGGUUUUAACAUGGCCGGUCAAUAGUUUCUUUUUUCUGUAUCAUUAGUCAAAUUGUUUUUUUACUUAUCCAACCUCUUUCAGCGAAAUUUAUUAUUAGGGCUUUUUAUGGGCGUAUGAGAUGUGGAUUGCUUUUCUGCACCAAGGAGAAAUAUGUAUCUGACGGGGUAACUGCGGGCGUUUUGCUGACAAAAGAAAUUAGCACGAAUCGUUCGUCAUACUCUAAUGUUAAGGCAACAAAUCGUUCGGUACCACGAUAGGGAUGCGCGCUUUUGAAUAUCGUUGUCGUUAUCGCCGACGAAUCUAGUACAAGUUUAAUUUAUAAAACUUGCUCAAAUCUCGCAGUCGAGCUAAUCGUAAGUUCUGAUUUAUGGAAAGUUCUGAGCCGAGGUUGAGCCACUUACCGAUCCCGAAAAUAUCAUGCCCUCCCGCCUGCUGAAUACUUUCGCUUGUCUCCGAUAUGUACGCUCAGCCUAUAAUGUGUUUGUAAGAAAUAUUUGCUCUUGAUAAGUCUGAUUUCGUAGGUUUGUGUUGCACGUUGGGUUUUUCAUCACAAGUUCUGUAAGUUAUGUGAUUUCAAUAAAAGAGUUUUAUGCUGCUU